AUGUACAACCUGGCUGCAGUGAUCGAUACAGGAAUCAUGCAGUGGACGUGCAGUGAUGUACAAAGAAGCCUCGAGAUUGCGGAGGACCAGAGAAACGUCCUCCUGCCUGCGUGCUGGAAGUUCGCCGGGCCGCUUGCGCAGCAGAGCGUUCGCACGCGCAUUGUCUCCGACCCGCUUUCCGCGUGUCCGACCGAUGUCUCGGGCGAAGAGGUGGAGGUGCAGCGGUCGCCCAGUUCGGCGCCGGCGUCGUUGCUGCGGAUGCCGGAGCUGUCACCGCAGCCCAGGCCCUCCCCCCGGCAAUCGCCCCGGCGCGCCCCAAGCCCCUACGAGUUGGCGACGAGGGGCCCCCAGAGAGCUGAACCCGAUCAGACGCUGCAGGACGGCGCAGGAGCGUGGAUUGUGCGAAGCGCCCCGAAACCGACCCAGCGAGCCGAUGAGCUCUUGGAUCUCGUGCCCCUCGUUGAAGCUCCGCCGCUUCUGCCAAAGCCGCAGGGGCGCGCAAGCCCUCACCAGGCGCCUCAUCAGGAGGCUGAAGCGGCACGAUCUCCCAGGCACAACGCGCCCGCGGAAGAGCUACCGCGGGCUGCUGCAACCACAGCAGAGGCGCCAGCUGCAGAGGCUCCGGCAGCCGCCGCAUCGUCGGAGGCAGACAGGCCUGGCGCCGACCCCAGCGCCACGGCGCCCACCCCGGCUUCGGCACCUGCGCAGGACGCACAGAAGGAGGUGGAGGUGCCUGGAGAGGCGCCACCAGCUGCGGAGGAGUCGGGCGCCGACGUUUCUGCGACGGACCAGGGCGCCUCAUCAACAUCCCCGCCAGCCGCAUCCUCUGCUCGGGAUGCCAAAGAGGACCAGGGCGCUUCAUCAACCUCCCCGCCAGUCGCAUCCUCUGCCAGGGACGCCAAAGAGGCGCCUUCUCCAGCAGCGCAGGAGCUCGGCAUCGGGGACGCCGAGGCUUCAACCACCGCAGAAGCUGCGGCAACUGCGAAGGUGCCAGCAGCACACACUGCCCCGAAUGCGGAUGGUCCCGACCAGACCCAGGACAUGGCUCUGCCUCCAAACGCCCGCCCGCCGCUCCGGAAGACCACCAGUUUGGAUGGUAUCCCAGAGUUGCACGCUGGACCAGCUGGCCAGUCAGCUCUGAGGAUGGGCAGGCAAAAUGCGCGGAGCCUCUCCGUCUUCACCGGCCUUCUGGGACCUACCAAGGAGUUUGCGUCUUCAGCAGGCCUGGAUGCUCCUGCAGUGGCGACAGCAUCGGCAGCCUCACACCCAGGAGCCGAGGAGCCGACUACUGAGGCCGAGCCGACGACGGAAAAGCCGGCAGACGCGCCUGCUCCGGACAGCCAGCCUGCUGCCCCUGAGCCGAGCCCGAAGUCAGCCAAGGCUCCGCCUGCUCUUGUUGGCCACCUAGCCACCGCGGACCCGCCAAAGCUGCGAAACACCGCGCCACCCGGGGAAAAUCCGCCGGCGGCCCCUGCGGCCGACUGGAAGAAGCACAGCUCUGGUGCGGUUUCGGAUAGUGCUCAAGGGGCUGUGUCGUUGCCUGUGGCGGCGACAGCCCUGGCGAGGCCGGCCGAAGCAGCGACCGCUGCUGAGGCUGCCACCGCAGCUGCUGCCCCAAAUCUGGGCCAGGCAGAUGCCCCACAGGAGACUGAGGACAGCUCCGACGACAGCGACUCUGCCACCAGUUCAGAGCCUUCUGCGCCCCCCGAAGGGGGCGACGGUGGCGACGGCUCGCCGCAGGCCUCAGCUGCCAGAAGCGUCCUCCAUCGAGGCCGCAGUUCGCUACCUGGGCGCCUGGAAGAGGCACCCCGCGCGGGCAGCCUAAGAAUGGGCUCUGGCCCAAUGCGCGCGGGGAGUCUUUCCUUUAAGGGCCCGGCUCCAAAGGCGCUGGUGACCUCCCUGAAGGGGAAGGAUACCGCAGGGCGGCCAGCACAGUGA